AUGGCGAGCGAGAAUACGCAAAACGAGAAGAUAGAGUUGUCCCCAACCGAUCAACUAAUUAAAGAAUUUCCUAAUGUCGAUCCAGCAACGAUUUUGGCCUGUUACGAGCAGAGCGGUAACAAUUUAGCAUUAUGCCGUCAAAUUUUAAGCGGAGAUCAUGAAAGUGAUCCAACACCAAAUCCUGAAACUCCUCGGCCUGAUAGAUUACAUAUCAGUUUCUCUCAUUCUUUGAUAAUCAGUUCACCACCCUCAACACCGACACCAUCGGAUACGAUGCGCCCUAUCCCAUCUGUAUCUCCUUUCGAUGACGGAAGUCCUUGGAGUAACGCAACAUCUGGCACUACCAGUGAAGACGAAUCGGGUACAUUGAAUGCUCAGUCGCAAAAUAGAAUCAGAGACCAGCUCUUUAGCUUAAAUGUUACCAAAAAGCGCAUCGAAAGGAAGGAAGAAGAAUUACAACAACUGAAAAUUGCUAUUGAAGAAAAACAGCAAAAACUCCAAUUAUCGAAUGAAAGAGCUAAGGCUCUAGCAAAGAAUAUUGACAUAUUGAAAGAAGACAUCGAUUCUCUGCAGCGAUCAAUUAGAUUAUUAAGUGAUAGGCCAACUACUCCACAAUGGAAAUGCAGCAGGUGUACAUACUUAAAUGAUUAUAGUUUGGUAAAGUGCGAAAUGUGUGAGCAGCCGCGCCAUCCCGAAGACGAGACUAGUACAACAAUCCCGUCAACACCACCACCUAGGCCGCCAAGGCCGCAAAUUUCGGAUAAACCACAUUAUCCCUAUCAAGAACGGCAAUUCUAUACUCCUCCUAGUCCGCCGCCACCUACAUGUGCUCCACUUAUUCCAGCCAAUUCGGCUGAAGGGACCGAAUUUAAUCAUCAAGGAAACUCGAGAAAUUUUUUUACACAUCAAUCUAUUUCUGAAAGUACACUUCAAAAUAAUCAAUCUCAUCGCCCUGCAAACUAUGGAAGAAGUAAUUCUUCAGCUAGCUAUACGUACGGAUCCCAAUAUCAACGGGCUAAUUCGUUCCAUGAAACUAGGUGA